AUGAAGUCUUUAGCAUGGAACAGAUUAUUGCUAAAAUACAUUGGAAUUUGGCCACUUGAGAUAUCUUAUAUCCAUUUUCUUCUAUAUUUUUUUUAUCUUUUCUUACAUAAUUUAUUGUCAAUUAUCGAAUUGAGAAAUGGUAAAAAUGAUUUCGAAGCUAAUAUGGAAUUUUUUACGGAAAACGUAUUGCACCUAAUGGUGCUAACGAAAGUAUUGAUGUGCUGGUUAAACAGAGAAUCAUUAGGACGUUUGCUAGCCGAAGUACAAAAUAAUUUCAACGUCGAUAAUUACAAUACGUUAGAGAAGAGAUUCAUUUUCAUGAAAUAUAGUAAAUUGGCGAAAUAUUAUUUUUUAGUAGCUCUAACAACGAUGAUUUGUACCACUGUAACAUAUUAUAUCCAUGCAUUGCUGCCUAAUGUACAAAUGGUGAUAAAAAAUUCAUCAUUGAGUUACAAACCACCGUACAAAACAGAAACCAUUGUUGAUAUAUACGACAUUAGGAUAUAUGUUUGUCUCUGCAUUUAUCAAGUAUUGUUAGUACCAACUAUUAUAUUAGGUUACGUUGGAUUUGAUUGUUUGUUCGCAAAUCUCGCAUUUCAUAUUACCGCACAAUUUGGAAUUCUUAGCUGUAUGCUCAGAGAAAUUCUCGAUGACUCUAAAACAUUCCAAUGUAAUAUAAGGGAACUUGUACUUCGACAUUACAAAUUGAUAAGACAAGCCAAAUCUUUGGAAGAUAAUUACAAUGUAAUAAUAUUACAACAAUUGAUGGGAUCAACGUUUCAACUUUGUGCAUCCGGUUACAAUACACUUUUGGUACCUAUUAUGCGUGACAUGUUAUUGCAGUAA